AUGCCUUGUUCAUAUGGUAACCAGAAUUGCUCUGCAUGUGGUUCAACUCCUGACAUUUAGCAACUAUUUACCUAUUAAAAUGGAUCCUGUUAUGUUACUGAUUGUUAAACCAUUGGAAAUCUCAAGAAUGGUUGGAUUUGCAAUUCUUGUUAUAAUGGUGAUUAAUAAGUUACAUCAGGUCAAUAUUUUGAUGGUACAAACUGUGUUAAUGAGUGCCCUUAAGGUUAAUAAGCAGGAGAUUUUACAAGUUAUAUUUGUGAAGUAGUAAACCAAGGUUAGGGGGUUGGUUGCGAUCAAGGUGAUCAAAAUUGCGAUGGAUGUGGAUAAAAUGAUUAUUACACUUAAUAAUUUACAUAUAAUAACGGAGUUAACCAAUGUUAAGUUACUAAUUGCUCUACUAACGGAGUUAGAUUUUUAAAUGGUUAUGUUUGUAACUCCUGUAGUACUGCUUCUGGAAGUGGAAAUAUUCCAAAAGGUAAAUUUUAUGAUCAUAAAACUUGCACAGAUACUUGUCCUUCAGGUUAUAAAGCAGACUAAUCUACUGGAUUUGUUUGUUAAGCCCCACCUAACCCAGGAACUUAAGUUUAAUGCUCUUAAGAUUCUUAAACAUGUAAUGGAUGUGGAAAUAAUCCCGAUACUGUAAACAUGUUUAAACAUGUAUCUGGGUAAAAUUGCUCUGUUAUUGAUUGUCAUUAAUAUGCAUUUUCUGCAUCUGUAAAUGGUUGGAUAUGUAAAUCUUGUGCCCUUGCCACUGGAAGUGAUAAUAUCCCUUAAGGUGAAUACUAUGAUGAAAAUGCUGAUACUUGCGUUAAAAGCUGCCCGAUUGGAACAUCAGCAAGUGCUAAUACUGAUUACCUUUGCAGACCAGUUCCAGUAGCGGUUCCAUGCUCUAAUGAUUCUUCUACGUGUAAAGGAUGUGGAAGCGAUGUUGCAACAUAAGGCUACUUUAAUUAUGUGAGCGGAAAUAAUUGUAUUGUUUAAGAUUGCACUUAGGCAACUAAAUUUAAUGGUUGGGUCUGUAAUUCUUGUAGUUUUGUUAAUGCUUAAACACCUUUUUAAGGAAAAUAUUAUAAUGGUUCAAGUUGUACAGACAAUUGCCCUCCUGGUUAAUCAGCAAGUGCAGCUACAGGGUAUACUUGUUAAGUAAUCAAUCCAGGGGUACCUGUAGCAUGUUCAAAAGAUGCAUAGACCUGUGGAGGAUGUGGAUCGACAAGUGAUAUCUAAAACUUAUUCAGUAAAUCUAAAGGUAAUUUAUGUGAAGUUACUGAUUGCUCUUCCAACAUAAUUGGCUCUAAUUUGAAUGGUUGGAUUUGUAAUUCUUGCUAAAAUGCUUCUGGUAGUGGUAAUAUUGCUGCAGGUUAAUAUUUUGAUGGUAAAACUUGUGUAAAAAAUUGCCCACCAGGAUAGCAAGCUUCUGCAGAUACCGGAUUUGUUUGCUAAUACCCUCCUAGUCCUGGAACUUCUGUAGCCUGCUCUACUGAUUCUUCAACUUGUGGAGGGUGUGGAACGACUAAUUCCAUAUAAAACUUAUUUACUCAUGGAAAAGGAAACCUAUGUUCUGUCACUGAUUGUAACUUAUCUGUGAUAGGAUCUAAUUUGAAUGGUUGGGUUUGUAAUUCUUGUUAAAAUGCAUCUGGAGGAGCUAAUGUUGCUGCAGGCUAAUAUUUUGAUGGUAAAACUUGUGUGAAAAAUUGUCCUAUCGGUUAACAAGCAUCUGUCGAUACUGGAUUUGUUUGUUAAAACCCUCCUAAUCCUGGAGCUAGUGUAACCUGCUCUACUGAUUCUUCAACUUGUGCAGGUUGUGGAGCAACUAAUACGAUAUAAAACUUAUUUACUCAUGGAUAAGGAAACAUAUGUUCUGUCACUGAUUGUAAAUUGUCUGUGGUAGGAUCUAAUCUUAAUGGUUGGGUUUGUAAUUCUUGUUAAAAUGCAUCUGGAGGAGCUAAUGUUGCUGCAGGCUAAUAUUUUGAUGGUAAAACUUGUGUGAAAAAUUGUCCUAUCGGUUAACAAGCAUCUGUCGAUACUGGAUUUGUUUGUUAAAACCCUCCUAAUCCUGGAGCUAGUGUAACCUGCUCUACUGAUUCUUCAACUUGUGCAGGUUGUGGAGCAACUAAUACGAUAUAAAACUUAUUUACUCAUGGAUAAGGAAACAUAUGUUCUGUCACUGAUUGUAAAUUGUCUGUGGUAGGAUCUAAUCUUAAUGGUUGGGUUUGUAAAUCUUGCAGUUCAGCUUCUGGUAGUAGUAAUAUUCCUGUAGGUUAAUAUUACGAUGGUAAAACAUGUGUAGCUGAUUGUCCAAGUGGUCAAUCAGCAACUGCAGAUACUGGAUAUGUAUGUAAACCAUUAUCUAAUCCUGCUUCAGGAAAUAAUAACUAAUCUACUGCAUCCAAUGCAAGUCUAAUAACUUUCAUUUUAGGCUUUGCUGCUAUUCUAAAUUUAUUAUUCUGA